AUGGUUAAAAGUAAUAAAAAUUUAAAAAAUAAUAGUUUAAAAGAAGAAAAUAGUGAAAGUUCAGAAGUAAGAAAGGUAGGAAGACCAAAAGCACCUUUGGAUAGAUUUGGUUUGAGAUGUAAAGCUACUUCUACUGGAGUGUGGAGAAAGGGGCCCGAUAGCUGUUAUUUAUGUAAUGCGUGUGGGCAACAGUACAGAAAACUUUCAAACUAUUUUAAUGAAUAUAGGGGUGACAUUAAAUACCUUGUGCAUCCAGACCCAUUUCCAAAGGUAACUUCGAUUUUCAUGUUGGAUCCCGAUCUUUCAAUUAUUGAAAUAAGGGAGAUAUUAUUAGAUAUUUUUAAGGCUAUGAAGGAAAAUAGUGGCACUUUUACUAUCAAUAUUAAAAAAUUCAUUUUAGUUUUUAAUGGAUACUCGUUUUCUCUUCAUAAUUUAUCAAAUAAAUUAAUUAAAUAA